AUGUGUGUGUGUAAGAGAGAGAGAGAUGUAGGUCUCAAAAGCGCCUCGAAGCCGCUCACUCGAGCUCAUUUCCAGUGUCUCGAGGUGCCGCCCGCGUCUCUGCUGCUCGCGCUGCCCCUCCGCGCCCGCGAUCCGCUCCCUCCCGGGCCAGCGCGUCGCCUCCCCGCGCGUCCCUGCUGCGCGGCGCGCCCUCCGGCCGCCCGGCCCCGCCCGCGCGGCUCGCCCCUCUCCGGGCCGCUGCACCUGAGGCGCGCGGACGGCCCUCUCCAGCCCGCGCCGGGGCGGCACGCGCGGCGCUCCCGCCACCGUCUCUCGCGGCCGCUGCUCCCGCCGCGGGCGGACCACCGGCGCCGAAGCUGCGGGCGGGCGGCCGUGCGCCCCCGGGGUCCGCCAGCCAGGCGGCCGCUCCUCCGGAUGCCAGGGCCGGGGCGCCGCGCGGCCGCCAGCAAGAGGAUGAAGGGAGGAAGGAAGGAAAGACUCCCGGGGGCGCCGAGGGCUCAGUCCGCCCGCGAUUUCACGUGUGUACAAGAUGGAGAGAGUGAGGCUGAAUUUUUGCCUGACCACUUGGAAGAAAAGCCAGAAAGAGAAAAGAAGCGUGCCAAUUUCACUUUGUGCAACGUGUGUAACAUUCAGCUGAAUUCGGCUGCUCAAGCACAAAUUCACUACAAUGGCAAAUCACAUCAAAAGAGAUUAAAACAACUCAGCAAUGGGAUAUUGAAAAACGACAAUGGUAAAGUUUUUCUAAAAAUAUCUUCUCAAUUUUACAUCAUCUACUUAAGUUUGUGUACCUGCAGGUGUGAAGAUAAGUGAAUGGGCCAAUCUCUAUUUUUAAAACCAGGACAAAACAUUCAAUAAGAGCUUUAUCAGCAUAGUACAUUAAAAUAAAUAAUCUUCCACAGCUUUUUGGAUGAAAAGGGUUUUGUUUAUUGCAUGUACUUCACUGUAUCAGGUUGCGAUCAUGACCCACUAAGAUAUUUGCUAUAACUGGAAGAAGUUGACAUCUUGACAUUUUUCUUUAAUACAGUUUUUUGGAAAUGGACAUCCUUUUACAUUUUAUAUAAAACAAAAAGGUUUUUCAUUUGUUUUUGCAUGUUAGGGGCUUUAUUGGUUAGUAAGAUUGCAGUUGAUUUGAGAAAAAUAGAUAUAUUUUCAAGUAGGUGUUUUAGCUGAUGAAAUAUAAUCUGUCAGUA